AUAGAGCUCUUUGUGAACAGACUGGAUUCGGUGGAAUCAGUUUUGCCUUAUGAAUAUGAUGCCUUUGACUUUUGUCAAGAUACAGAAGAAAAAAGGCCUUCUGAAAAUCUUGGCCAAGUGCUGUUUGGAGAGAGAAUAGCGUCAUCGCCAUACAAGUUUACUUUUAACCGUGAAGAAACAUGUGUGAAAGCGUGUGUAAAAUCUUAUGAUCCCAGAAACGAGAGUGAAAAGAAGAAGCUGGCCUUUUUGAAGAAAGGAAUGCAGCUGAACUACCAGCACCACUGGAUCAUUGAUAAUAUGCCGGUAACGUGGUGCUAUGAUGUGGAGGACGGACAGAAGUACUGUAAUCCAGGAUUUCCAAUAGGAUGCUUUGUUACCCCGAGUGGUAGAGCAAAAGAUGCUUGUAACAUUAAUUCUGAAUUUAACAAAAAAAACACGUUUUACCUCUUCAAUCAUGUUGACAUCACGAUUACAUAUCACAGUGCAAAAGAUGAAAAUUGGCCUGGAGCACGCCUGGUUACUGCUAGGCUUGAGCCGAAAAGCUAUAAACAUACAGAUGAAGAGCAACUAACUUGUGAAGGCUCCCCUAUGGAAAUACCUGGGGAAUUUACUAAGAAGCUGAAGUUGAUCUACACUUAUUCUGUGAAAUUUGAAGAGAACAAUAACAUUAAAUGGGCAUCUCGAUGGGACUACAUUUUGGAGUCCAUGCCUCAUACCAACAUCCAGUGGUUUAGUAUAAUGAACUCCCUCGUUAUUGUUCUUUUCUUAUCUGGAAUGGUGGCCAUGAUUUUACUAAGAACUCUCCAUAAAGAUAUUGCGAGAUACAAUCAGAUUGAUUCGGCUGAAGAUGCCCAAGAGGAGUUUGGCUGGAAGUUGGUUCAUGGAGAUGUCUUUAGGCCUCCAAAGAAGGGAAUGUUGCUGGCAGUGUUCCUGGGUCAGGGAACACAAAUUUUCAUUAUGACCUUUAUUACGUUAUUUUUAGCUUGCCUUGGGUUUCUUUCACCUGCCAAUCGAGGUGCUUUAAUGACCUGUGCAGUCGUACUGUGGGUCCUGCUGGGAACUCCUGCCGGCUACGUGUCUGCUAAGAUGUAUAAGACAUUUCGAGGUGAAAAGUGGAAGACGAAUGUUUUGCUGACAGCACUGUUAUGCCCCGGCAUCAUCUUUGCUGAUUUCUUCAUCAUGAAUCUUAUUCUUUGGGUGAAGGGAUCAUCAGCUGCGAUCCCCUUUGGUACCCUGCUCGCCAUCCUUGCCAUGUGGUUCGGCAUUUCAGUCCCCUUAACAUUUAUCGGAGCAUAUUUUGGAUUCAAGGAACAGCCAAUUGAGCACCCAGUUCGUACAAACCAGAUUCCCCGGCAGAUUCCUGAGCAGUCCUUCUUUACAAAGCCUUUGCCUGGCAUCAUUAUGGGCGGCAUUUUACCCUUUGGCUGUAUUUUCAUUCAACUCUUUUUCAUUCUGAACAGUAUUUGGUCUCAUCAGAUGUACUACAUGUUUGGCUUCCUUUUCCUAGUCUUUAUCAUUCUUCUCAUCACAUGCUCAGAAGCUACAGUCUUGCUUUGUUAUUUCCAUUUAUGUGCGGAGGAUUACCAUUGGUGGUGGAGGGCAUUCCUCACCAGCAGCUUUACAGCCAUUUAUCUCCUCAUCUAUGCAGUCCACUACUUCUUCUCAAAACUCCAAAUCACAGGGACCGCUAGCACCAUCUUAUACUUCGGGUACACCAUGAUCAUGGUCUUAAUUUUUUUCCUUUUCACAGGGACCAUUGGAUUUUUUGCCUGCUUCUGGUUUGUUAGCAAGAUUUAUAGUGUCCUGAAGGUGGAUUGAAAAGUCGCCGAGAGAUCUUUCCGAUCGUCCUUGCGGUCGAGUUCUUAAAGAAACGUUAACUGUUUAGUGAGGAAACUUUAUUUUGAGACCUCAGAGCUGAAUAGUUUAUGUGGCAUAAAACACCACUCUUGUAGGAGAAAAAAUGCCUUUGGGGGAUGCAGGUUUAUACUUGUUAUUUUCUCGAAACAAUUUUCCACUGGAAGGGUUUAAUUUGAAAGAGUAGAAGUGGCUGAAAGUCAGUUUCUUUCCAAACUAACGUGAGACCACUGGUAUUCUAGCUUCACUGGUUUCCCCCUCUUCCUGCUGCCCCCCACCCCCAGCCCUUUUUGUUCAACACUUCGGAAUGAUGAGCUAGUAAACCUUAUGGCAAAUGUGAAUUUUCCUAACUUAGAAAUUGACCAUGCCCUUUUUUUUUCCAGCCCUUUAUAGCUUGAAGAUUCCAUUUGUUUAGCAAGAUGUUAGAACUGAUGAAAUAGCAAACACUGCUGUCUUUGUCAUUCAAUUAAACUGCAUACCUCUAGCUUC